AUGACGGCGAGAGCUAUAAUGAACCUCCGGAGCAUUCUAAUUGCCUCCGCCGUCUUCCGGCUGGUUCUGAUUCUGUACGGGGAGUGGCAGGACGCCCACAUGGAAGUUCGAUACACCGACGUCGAUUACCUCGUCUUCUCCGAUGCAGCUUCGUUAAUGGCUUCUGGGUCUUCUCCUUACAAGAGAACAACUUACCGCUACUCCCCUUUGCUCGCUUUUCUUCUGAUUCCCAACUCUUUUCUGCACCGCGCAUGGGGGAAAUUCAUCUUCUCUGCUUCAGAUCUUCUAGUUGGCUACUUCAUAUACAAGAUUUUGAAGCAACGUAAAGUGGCUGAGGAUCUAUGCUUAUACUCAGUAAUGGUAUGGCUCCUCAAUCCAUUUACCUUCACCAUUGGAACCCGUGGCAACUGUGAGCCCAUUGUUUGUGCCAUGAUUUUGUGGAUCCUUAUCUGUCUGAUGAAUGGUAAAAUAAUCCAAGCAGCAGUUUGGUAUGGACUUGUAGUUCAUUUCAGAAUCUAUCCCAUAAUCUAUGCCCUGCCAAUCAUUGUGGUUCUUGAUCCACGUUACGUCCAACUUGGAAAGAAGCCUCUCCUUGUGAACUGGAAAUCGAACACCCAAAAGCCAUCAUCUCAAAGCAGCGAGGAAGCAUCUACCCGAUACAACCUAUGGACAGCAGCAAAAUCCAUGUUUUCCAGAGAGCGAAUACUGUUCGGCCUAGUCUCCGGAGGCAUCUUCUUCCUAUGCACCGGCCUUUUCUUCCAUCUAUACAAAUGGGAGUUCUUGAACGAAGCACUGUUGUACCAUCUCACUCGUGCAGACCCAAGGCACAACUUCUCCAUCUACUUCUACCACAUAUAUCUCCACUAUGGCCACCAGCUUUCCCUGGUGGAAAAGCUCAUCUCUUUCUUGCCUCAGUCGAUGGUGCAACUAGUUCUCAUAUCAAGCUUUGCCCAAGACCUCCCGUUCUGCUUCUUCCUGCAGACGGUGGCCUUUGUCGCGUUCAACAAGGUAAUCACGGCACAGUAUUUCGUCUGGUUCUUUUGCCUGCUGCCUUUAAUCUUGCCGUGGAGCGACAUGAAGCUGAGAUGGGAAGGGUUGAGCUGUGUCGGGUUGUGGAUGGGAGCUCAAUUGCACUGGCUGUUGUGGGGUUACUUGCUCGAGUUCAGAGGCCAGAACGUAUUUCUUCAGCUCUGGAUGGCGAGCUUGGUUUUCCUUUUGGCGAAUGCUGCCGUUAUGGCUGUGUUCAUUCGACGACAGGGGUGUUCUCCGAUCUUCUUGCAGAUGAAGGUGAGAGAUGCCAAGGGUGGAGUCAAGUCUGAAUGA